CCCCUUCAGCUGUCAGACUUUGGCCACCCGACUGCAGGUUUUGUUAGCAAACUAACGAAGUGCACGGCUUUAUUUAAAGUUGUGCAUUCAUCCGCUGCUCGAUCUUUGAACGCGGGAGCCGCCGAUUGAAGCCCUGAGCUUGCACGCAGACGAAACGACGGAGGUUUUUUCUUUAAUCAAUCCUGCACCAGAAGCCAGCGAUCCUGAGCGGGUGUCGGGGUAGAUGCAGGGAGGGAGGGAGUAAAAAAAAGGCAAAAGUCUUUGUGCUUCCCUUCCCCCUCAUCAAAGCAAAGGGGAAAUGUCUCUGUCCAAAGGAGGGAAGAAGAAGAAUCCCGGGCUGAAGCUGGCCCCAACCGUGUUUGCCUCACCUCCAUCAGAAGUAACAGCCCCCCCUCGAGAUCUCGACUCUAAAGCUUGUGUCACCAUCGGAGAUCAGAACUUUGUGGUGAAGGCUGAUGACUUGGAACAGAUUGCUGAGCUGGGCCGGGGAGCGUACGGGGUGGUGGACAAGAUGAGACAUGUGCCCAGUGGUGUGAUCAUGGCUGUCAAGAGGAUUCGGGCCACUGUCAACACUCUGGAGCAGAAGCGGCUGCUGAUGGACCUGGACAUCUCCAUGAGGACAGUGGACUGCUUCUACACUGUGACUUUCUACGGCGCCCUCUUCAGAGAGGGCGAUGUUUGGAUCUGUAUGGAGCUGAUGGACACGUCUUUGGAUAAGUUCUACAAGAAGGUUAUCGAGAAAGGCAAAACCAUUCCUGAAGACAUCCUGGGCAAGAUCACAGUAGCAAUCGUCAAAGCGUUAGAACAUCUGCACAGUAACCUGUCGGUGAUCCACAGAGAUGUGAAGCCCUCCAACGUUCUCAUCAACACCGAGGGCCAAGUGAAAAUGUGCGACUUCGGCAUCAGCGGCCACCUGGUGGACUCCGUGGCCAAAACCAUGGACGCAGGCUGUAAGCCCUACAUGGCGCCUGAGCGGAUCAACCCUGACCUCAACCAGAAAGGCUACAGCGUCAAGUCCGACAUCUGGAGUCUUGGUAUCACAAUGAUCGAGCUGGCCAUCCUGAAGUUCCCCUACGACUCGUGGGGAACCCCGUUCCAGCAGCUCAAGCAGGUGGUGGACGAGCCGUCCCCACAGCUGCCGGCCGACCGCUUCUCCCCAGAGUUUGUAGACUUCAUCUCCCAGUGCUUAAGAAAGAAGCCAAACGAAAGACCAGCUUACACAGAGUUAAUGAAACAUCCUUUUUUCACCCUGCACGACGCCAAAGAGACAGAUGUGGCCAGUUUUGUCAAGGUCAUCCUGGAUGACUGAUGGGCUCCCUCCAGGCUCCAUCUCGUCAGGGUAGGCGGGACCUUUCAGCCAGCGAGCCAAUGGCCUACCACCAUUUUUCAUUUUUUUUUCUUUUUUUUUAACUCACUGGAAUGACAGACUCUGAUGCACACACACACACACACACACACACACACACACACACAAAACGCGGCUCCCGUCACGGCUGCAGGGCUGCCAUCGGGCCCUGAUGGCAGCCCUGCAGCGCCCGGAGUGGGAGAGCAGCGCCAACAUGAACUCGUUCGGUCAUCCGGAGGGGCUCGACCCCCCAAGUCUCCCCGUGUGAGAAUCUAUCCAACAUGACGAAUAUGAACUGAACCCAAUCUGUUUUUAUCUUCUCAUUUCGGCCCCGCCUUCUUGUUCCCCCCCCUUUCUGAACGGACAGAGCCAGCCAUUAUUUGUUUGUGACACAUAUUUUAUCACAUAUUUUAUGCAUACUUUGAAUUUCAUCCGCAAAAACCAACAGUUAAUGUGUAUGUUGUGUAUUUGAAAGCUAUAUUUGCAUUAUCCGUUUGUACGUUUUUUUUGUUUUUUGUUUUCCUCAUUAUAGAGUUUUGAUACUGUAUGUCUGCUGCGAGUGUGAGUUUUAUCGGACUUAGGGCCUUCCUCGUCAUACCCGGGUCGGGUGUGACGCCAUCGCUCGGCGCGGGAGCUGCAGUUGUCGCGGGCCGGGCCGUGGGAGGCUCCGGCACGGCAACAAAUGUCAAAGGUCACAUUCUGGGGCGAGAGGACUCGCGAUUCUUUCCUAGAUCUGUGGAUUGUGCGAAGCGGGAAUGUGAAGUGCCCCCUCCUCCCCCUCCCUGAUAUCGUCACUGAUCGAGGUGUGGCCCCCUUUGCAGCGACCGCUCCUCCUCCUCCUCGGUCUUCUUCUCUUUCUUUCUUGGGUAUUAAAGCGUCAGCUCCAGCGCUGCCAUUGUUACUACCUUCCGGUGUUCAAGGCGUUGCCUAUUUGAGCUCACAGCUUUUGUCUCUCUGCAUGUGCCAUUUCACACAAAUCGUUCUCAUCAAUCUCUCUGCAUUAAUUAUCUUCCUCAUUCGGGUUAGUUCUGGCCUGCAGUUUUGAUUUUAUUGGAAACAUUUAAGUUUGUUUUUUCUUUUGCCUAGCUUACCUUCUGUAAUCUGGAGUCAGCAUAGUCUUUUCAUACGAGGCACAUUGUUUUUAUUCAGAAACCUUCUUAUGCCUUACAGAGACAGUAUGUUAGGGAAAUAAUUUAUGUGUUGAAGAUGUAAAUAUUUUUUUUAAUGUACCAUGGCACUGUCCCAACCUGUCCCAGUGUAGAUGAAUGGUAGAGUGGUUGGUAGUAGUUAGUUUUAAUGCAUUGUGACAUACGUACUCACAGGGCCAGCUGACUAUUGUACACCUUUCUUUUUUUUUUUUUUUUUUCUUUGGACUGAUGUGCUGUCAGGCUCCACCGCUCAGGUUACUGUGCUCUCCUAUAAGGUAUGCAGAGGCGACCCCGUUUUUUUUUUUUUUUUCCCUUCCCCUCCUCCCCACGUCGGUCGUAUUCUCCCUGAGUGCUGGACCAAGAUCCUCGUCUCAGUCCGCGGUGGGCGGCCAUUAUCUCGUCUGUCAGACCAUACUAUGCAGAGCCCCUUGGACACGCAGCAAGAGGCCCUCGUCAUGUGGCAGUUUCCCCUCUUUCCAAGUGUUCAGAGACUGUGAUGAGGAUGAUGAUGAUGGUGAUGGUGGUGACGAUGGCUGCCGUGCCUCUGCUCAUGGCUGGCACUCAUUGCCUCUCUGGUUUACACUGUAGUGUACCUUUAUUAAAAAAUAAAAAUUAAAAAAAAAAAAAAGUCAGUGAGUUAGGAGUAUUUAUGAUUGUGAAUAAUAAGGGAAAGCUAGCAACACCACAAAGAAGCUGCUGUUAUUUACUUGUUUCUUUUUUUUUUUUCAGUCGGCCUUCUUUGCAUGGCCAUUCCCAUGAUGUGUAAAAGUGAGUUUUUACGCUGAUCACAAUGAGAAUGGAACACUUGCUCUACCUCUUACUCCUUCACUCUAUUUGCCCCCUUUUCACAAGGUGGGACUGACGAACUUGAACUAUGGAAAGACAAAAAAUAAAGGCUUUAUUGUUGAAUACGUC